GGAGGGGUGGGUAGACUAUUGGCUUGGGGAGUGGCACGUGUCCGGGCAGAGCCCUUGCUUCAAGGCCACGGGCCUGCCCGCCCUCAGAGUUUUGAUGCUGCCCCCUUGUAGUCGGCCCUGGGGAGAAAGGAGUACUGAACUGUGGUUCCCCCCACCCCCUCCUGGAUUCCUGGUGCUGAAAUAAGACUGGACUACCGGAGAGAAAAUUAGUUUUCCUCCUGACUUCCACCCCAGGACAGGACCUGGCCCUGACACACCUCUUCCCAACUACAGACAGACUUGUGAGGUUAGCUGCAGGAAAGAGGCCUAGAACUGCUUCUUACCUCCCCUUCCUCAUUUAAGGACCCACCACACCCCAUCAUAUGCUCUGCCCUCUGUUCUCUGCUGUCUAGCUGAGGACACGAGCUUGGAUGGAGAGCGUGUUAAGUCCUCUUCCCCGCUUUCAGAGCAGGAGACUGGACCCAAUCAGCCUCCCACCUGGAGCACCUAAGGACUGCCUCCCUCACCUCCCCUAGGGACAGGAUAUAGGAGCCAGAGCAGGCAUGCUGUGUUACCACAGUGCUUGGAGCUGAGGCUCACUGGGAUUGGCAGCUCUGCCAGGAAUGGUCAGAUGUGCUUCUAUGUGUUCGUCCCAAAUAUAAACUGUGACCACAGCCCCAGAAUAGAAAGCUGGAGGAAGAGGGGCUGAGAAUAGAGUAGGGGCAAGAACAUCAGAGAGCUGGGGGAAGGGAGGGGAGGAGGGCCCCUCCUUGCAGGAAAUGUCAACAGCUGUUCCUCCCCUAAUCCCCUAAGUGGGUGCCCCAGGAGAGUCUCAGGGGCACAGAUAUGACUCAGGCCUGCCUUAAUAGCCCUCUAGAGAGGAAAGGAGGCCCCAAAACCUAGGCAUCUCCACCCCAGGCUGUGGGACAGAAAUAAAUGGGAGGGGCUCUCUACUCACUGCUUCAUUGUGCAUACAGUUGUCCAACAGGGGAACAGGACACAGCCAGGUGAUGUCUGUCCCCAACUUGGGCACUGACCCCCAUUGUCCCUGCCUCCUCCCUGUGGUGCAGAGGCCCAGCCCACUCCUUCCCCAGACUCCACCCCUCUACACCCCUUUGGGCUAGGCCUCCUAUCUAGAGUUCCCCUGGGGGCUUCUUUUUCAAACGAUUCAGAGCUUUUACAUCUAAGAACGCCUUGCUCAUUUCCUCCCAGUCUAAGAGGAAGCUCCUGGCCACAGCCAUUGACUCAUCUCCAGGCCCGGGGCGGGGGUGGGUGGAGGUCGGAGGGAUCCAGGCAGUAACUUGGGCCAGGCCUGGUGUCUCCAGGGGAACUCAGGAAACUCUUUCGCCCCUCCUGAAGGAGGCUCUCCUAGCAUCUGCCCCUGCAUCAGGGGGAAAUCUAGCCCAGUAGCUCAGUAUCUCACCUCAUCCAGAAUAGCCCUGUCCCGCCCUCCCUGGUGCUGCUAACCUUUGCCCUUCCAGGAGGUGCCUCAGGAGCCUCGCCCUGGGCUCUGGGCAGAAGGCCCUGGGUGCUGCUCUGACCUUGAUGCAGAGACCAGAGUAGCACCCUUUUUCUAGCAAACAGGGAUAACCCUAGGAAAAAAACCCAAACCCACUGCCAUUGAGUCAGUUCUGACUCAUGACAACCCCAUGUGUUACAGAGUAGAACUGUACUCCAUAAGGUUUUAUUGGCUGUAAUCUUUACAGAAGCAGAUUGCCAGGCCUUUCCUUCGGGGUGCCACUGGGUGGGUUCAAACUGCCAACCUUUCAGUUAGUAGCCAACAGCAAACAUUUUUGACACCCAGGGACCUAUAGCCCUAGAGAUCUGGCCAUUACGAGCAACUUUGGUUCCCCAGCUGUGGCUAGAGGUCCAGCAAGAUAGGGGUGUACUGCCCCAGAAUAUUUCCUGUCCCUGCCCCUCCCCACUCUAGCCUCACUUUACCCCUGAGGAGCAGUCAUGGUGAGAGAACUAAAGUGUGAACCUGACUUCUGGGUUAGCAGUCUCAGCCAACUAGAUGGGCCCCAGAGGGCUCCUAAGGGGAAGGUGGGGUGCUCUGGUGAUGAACUGGGCUCUUUACUCCUCCCCUCUCUCCCCACUUCCCCACCCCCGCUCCAUGGGAGUCUGUUUGGAGACUAUGGUGUGUGUAUGAGUCCUGGCCUCCUCCCACCCUUCCCUGGGGCCAGCAUAUCCAAUCUGCUGGUCAUUCUGGGCUCCUGAGGCUGGGCUACCACCUGGUGAGAGAUCCUCCAAUCCCUAGAUUCUGGCAGAGGUAGGCACUGUUACCCAAGCAUGUAUGGUGUGUGUUUACUCAUGUGUUUCCUUGCUGGAACCGGGAGGACCAGUUCAGAGUAUUUGCAGAGUCCAGAAAGCUUAGGGGCGGUUGGUCUCCAGCCCUUGGCGAUCCUACAGGUCCCAGCCCUCAUUUGCCUCCCCUCCAGGAUUCCCUGGAGCACUUCCAAGGCCCAUCCACCCAAGAUCUGGGUCAAUUAGCCCUGGUUCCAUUCCUGGCUGUGUGGCCUGGCUGGAGGACUGUGCCCUGCAAGUGUCUCCCUCUGGAUACUACCUGGACCCCGAGCUGUCCCUGGAAGAGCAGAGGGAGAUGCUAGAAAGCUUCUAUGAAGAGAUCAGCAAAGGGCGGAAGCCCACACUGAUCCUGCGGACCCAGCUCUCUGUGAGGGUCAGUGCCAUCUUGGAAAAAUUGUAUGGCUCCAGUGGCCCUGAGCUUCGCCGCUCCCUCUUCUCACUGAAGCAGAUCUUCCAGGAGGACAAGGACUUGGUGCCUGAGUUCGUGCACUCAGAGGGGCUGAGUUGCCUGAUCCGUGUGGGUGCUGCUGCUGACCACAACUACCAGAGCUACAUCCUCCGAGCACUGGGCCAGCUGAUGCUUUUUGUGGACGGGAUGCUGGGGCUGGUAGCCCACAGUGAGACCGUGCAGUGGCUGUACACACUAUGUGCCAGCCUGUCUCGCUUGGUGGUGAAGACAGCUCUGAAGCUUCUUCUGGUGUUUGUGGAAUAUGCUGAGAGCAACGCACCACUCUUCAUCCAUGCAGUCAACUCCGUGGCCAGCAGCACUGGUGCUCUCCCAUGGGCCAACCUGGUGUCCAUCCUGGAGGAGAAGAAUGGCGCUGACCCCGAGUUGUUGGUGUACACUGUCACCCUCAUUAACAAGACGCUGGCGGCGCUCCCGGAUCAGGACUCAUUCUACGACGUGACAGAUGCACUGGAGCAGCAGGGGAUGGAGGCACUGGUCCAGCGCCACUUGAGCACUGCAGGCACUGACGUCGACCUGCGUACGCAGCUUGUGCUCUACGAGAACGCCCUGCGGUUGGAGGACGGAGACAUCGAAGAAGCUACCACGGGUGGACGGCGGGAGCGCCGAAAGCCGUCGUCUGAGGAGGGCAAGAGGAGUCGCCGAUCUCUGGAAGGCGGGGGCGGCCCCGCAGUGCGGGCCUCAGAGCCUGGCCCCACAGGCCCCGCCCCACCUGUAAGCUCCGCCUCCUGCCCCACGGACUCUGCCCAGCUGACAGCACCCACCUCCAGACCCGUGGGCCCUGCCUCCAGCCUCCAUGCCUCUGUGAGCCUCUUUCCUAGCAUCUCCGUCGCGCCCUCAGCCGACAGCUCCUGCGAGCGAAGCAUCUACAAAGCCCGGUUCCUGGAGAAUGUGGCGGCAGCAGAAACAGAGAAGCAGGCUGCGCUGGCCCAGGGCCGGGCAGAGACCCUGGCUGGGACCAUGCCUGAUGAGGCCAGUGGACACUCAGAUACCCGGGAACUAUGGAGCUCCCCAGAGCCAGCCCCUGUACCCAGAACACCCCAAAGCCCUGCCCCCCGAGUCCUUCUCCGGGCCCAGCGAAGCCUUGAGCCAGAGUCCAAGGAGCCACUGGCCCCACAAAGCCCUGAGCCUGUGCCCAUCCGGGAGCUUCCUACCUGUGCACCUAAGCUCUGUAUUGGGGAUCUGGACUUCUCAGAUCUGGGAGAGGACGAAGACCAGGACAUGCUGAACGUGGAGUCUGUGGAGGCUGGAAAAGGCGUCCCACCUCCGCCACCCCUACCACCCCUGCUCUUGGGAGCAUCCCCACCUCCCCCACCCCCACUUCCCACACUAACCAAAGCCCCCUUCCCACCACCCCCACCCCCAGCUGCUCCUCUUCCCCCUUCAGUGCCUGAUGACCCAGCUCUCCCCACCAAGAGGAAGACAGUAAAACUCUUCUGGCGGGAGCUGAAGCUGGCUGGGAGCCCUGGAGGCUCUGGGGGGCACUUUGGGCCCUGUCCCACUCUGUGGGCCUCACUGGAGCCUGUGUCAGUGGACACAGCUCGGCUGGAACACCUGUUUGAGUCCCGUGCCAAGGAUGUGCUGCCCUCUAAGAAAGCUGGUGAGGGCCGCCGGACAAUGACCACAGUGCUGGACCCCAAGCGCAGCAAUGCCAUCAACAUCGGCCUGACAACAUUGCCACCCGUGCAUGUCAUCAAGGCUGCCCUGCUCAAUUUCGACGAGUUUGCUGUCAGCAAGGAUGGCAUUGAGAAGCUACUGACCAUGAUGCCCACGGAGGACGAGCAGCAGAAGAUCGAAGAGGCCCAGCAGGCCAACCCUGACAUACCCCUGGGCCCAGCCGAGAACUUCCUGCUGACUCUUGCCUCCAUUGGGGGUCUGGCUGCCCGCCUACAACUCUGGGCCUUCAAGCUGGACUAUGACAGCAUGGAGCGGGAAAUUGCAGAGCCACUGUUUGACCUGAAAGUGGGCAUGGAACAGCUGGUGCAGAAUGCCACCUUCCGCUGCAUCCUGGCCACGCUGCUGGCUGUGGGCAACUUCCUCAACGGCUCCCAGAGCAGCGGUUUUGAGCUGAGCUACCUGGAGAAGGUGUCAGAGGUGAAGGACACAGUGCGCCGGCAGUCACUGCUGCACCAUCUCUGCUCCCUGGUGCUCCAGACUCGGCCUGAUUCCUCCGAUCUCUACUCAGAAAUCCCUGCCCUGACCCGCUGUGCCAAGGUGGACUUUGAGCAGCUGGCUGAGAACCUGGAGCAGCUGGAGUGCCGGAGCUGGGCAGCUCAGGAGAGUCUGCGGGGACUGGCCAAGCAUGAGCUGGCCGCAGCUUUACGUGCCCGCCUCACCCACUUCCUGGCCCAGUGUGCCCGCCGUGUUGCCAUGCUGAGGGUAGUGCACCGCCGGGUCUGCAACAGGUUCCGUGCUUUCCUGCUCUACCUGGGCUACACGGCACAAGGGGCCCGUGAGGUGCGCAUCAUGCAGUUCUGCCACACACUGCGGGAGUUCGCGCUCGAGUAUCGGACUUGCCGGGAACGGGUGCUACAGCAGCAGCAGAAGCGGGCCACAUACCGUGAGCGCAACAAGACACGGGGACGCAUGAUCACUGAGACAGAGAAGUUCUCAGGUGUGGCUGGGGAGACCCCCAGCAACCCAGCUGUCCCAGUGGCUGUAGGUAGUGGGCCAGGCCGGGGAGAUGCUGACAGUCACGCCAGCAUGAAGAGUCUGCUGACCAGCAGCCCCAAGGACGCCACCCAUGGCCGCCGCAGCAGAGGCAUGGUCCAGAGCAACUCCCCCGUAAUACCCACACCAGUGGAGCCCUCCGCUGCACCCCCAGAAGAAUCCCCAGGCCCUGGUUCACCCAGUGACACUUCAGAUGAAAUCAUGGACCUGCUGGUGCAGUCAGUGACCAAGAGCAGUCCUCGUGCUUUAGCAGCUCGGGAACGCAAGCGUUCCCGUGGCAACCGCAAGUCUUUGAGACGGACGUUGAAGAGUGGGCUCGGAGACGACCUGGUACAAGCGCUGGGACUGAGCAAGGGUCCUGGCCUGGAGGUGUGAAGGUGCUGCCUCCAGGAAACUUUUCGAGCCCAGGCCUGCAAUGCGAGAGUCUACAGAGUGGGGAAGGGCCAGAGCAGAAUUCUACGCCUCUUCCCAAACUCUAGUGCUACUCUGUGCCCAGAGGCCAGUGCCUUGAGCAGUAUUAGUCGUGUGUGCCUGUGGGUGUCUGUGUCUGUGCAUGUGUGAGCUCCCUGAACUUAUGGAGCAAAAUAAAGUUUUCUUAGCCAAUCUAA